AUGUUCUCAAGAGCCCUCCGCCAGUCGAGCCGCCGGGUCGCGGCAAUCUCUGCUUCGGGCAGAAUUGCUUCGACCCGGACUACGCCCGCCAUCUAUAAGGUGCGCAGCUAUGCUUCCGAUGCGAAAGCCUCCCCGACCGAGGUGUCCUCCAUUCUCGAGCAGAGGAUUCGCGGUGUGCAGGAAGAGGCCGGUCUUGCCGAGACAGGACGUGUGCUUUCUGUCGGUGACGGUAUUGCCCGUGUCCACGGCAUGAACAAUGUCCAGGCCGAGGAGCUCGUCGAGUUCGCCUCUGGCGUCAAGGGUAUGUGCAUGAACUUGGAGGCUGGCCAGGUCGGUGUUGUGCUUUUCGGCUCCGAUCGAUUGGUCAAGGAGGGUGAGACUGUCAAGCGAACGGGACAGAUCGUCGAUGUCCCGGUCGGCGAGGGUCUUCUCGGCCGCGUUGUCGAUGCUCUCGGUAACCCUAUCGACGGCAAGGGCCCCAUCAAGGCUGCUGAGAGGCGCCGUGCCCAGGUCAAGGCCCCCGGUAUCCUGCCCCGUCGUUCUGUCAACCAGCCCGUGCAGACCGGUCUCAAGUCCGUCGACGCUAUGGUUCCCAUCGGCCGUGGUCAGCGUGAGUUGAUCAUUGGUGACCGACAGACUGGAAAGACCGCCGUCGCUCUCGACACUAUGCUCAACCAGAAGCGAUGGAACAGCACCAACGAUGAGACCAAGAAGCUUUACUGUGUCUACGUUGCCAUCGGUCAGAAGCGGUCCACCGUUGCUCAGCUCGUCAAGACCCUUGAGGAGAACGAUGCAAUGAAGUACUGCGUUAUCGUUGCUGCCACCGCCUCUGAGGCCGCUCCUCUGCAGUACAUUGCUCCCUUCACUGGUUGCUCAAUGGGAGAAUAUUUCCGCGAUACUGGCAAGCAUGCUCUCAUUGUCUACGAUGAUCUGUCUAAGCAGGCCGUUGCUUACCGUCAAAUGUCUCUUCUGCUUCGUCGUCCCCCUGGGCGUGAGGCCUACCCCGGAGACGUUUUCUACCUUCACUCCCGCCUCCUCGAGCGUGCUGCCAAGAUGAGCGACAAGCACGGCGGCGGCUCCCUCACUGCCCUGCCCAUCAUUGAGACCCAGGGUGGUGACGUGUCCGCCUACAUUCCCACCAACGUCAUUUCCAUCACCGACGGCCAGAUUUUCUUGGAAGCAGAACUGUUCUACAAGGGUGUCCGGCCUGCCAUUAACGUCGGUCUUUCCGUCUCCCGUGUCGGUUCCGCUGCCCAGCUCAAGGCCAUGAAGCAAGUCGCCGGUUCCCUCAAGCUCUUCUUGGCCCAGUACCGUGAAGUCGCUGCCUUCGCUCAGUUCGGUUCCGACUUGGAUGCCGCUACCAAGCAGACCCUGAACCGUGGUGAACGUCUCACCGAGCUGCUCAAGCAGAAGCAGUACUCGCCCAUGGCUGUCAACGAGAUGGUUCCUUUGAUCUUCGCCGGUGUCAACGGUCUCCUCGACAAUGUCCCUGUCGACAAGAUCCUUACCUGGGAGGCUGACUUCCUCGCUCACCUCCGGUCGAACGAGACCGAGCUCCUUGCCCAGAUUGACAAGGAGGGCGCGCUCAGCAAGGAUCUGGAAAGCAAGCUGAGGGAUGUAGCCACAAACUUCACUAAGGCCUUCGUGUAA